AAUACACGAGAUCCGAAGAGAUCGGUAACGGUUGAGCGGGUUGAUUCAUUGUUCCCUCCUCUAUAUUUUUCCAGUUGUAUCGGUGUUUAUUUUUGUCAUCGCCACCUGACCACAACAAAGCGGUCCCUGAAGCCUCCGAGGCUCUACGAAAUUCGCGUCGCUUUGGUUGAACAUUUCCCGAUCAAUUUAGUCGUGUGCCGUUCGGCGUUGAAAACGCCCCGCGUAAAUCAGUGGCAAUCACAGUGUGACGAAACGAUAUCGUUGGUUCGGAAUCGGUUGCAAUAAUAAAUAAAACACUCAAGCUAGUAUUGAUGAUUCGGAAAAUAAAUAAUCAAUACACAAUAAAGAUCAUCCGGUUGGUUAUUUCCCAAAAUCAAAGAUGCAAAUUUCUUCAACGAUUUUAUUAUGCCUGGUUUUGAUCUCAUUGACGACUUUUGCAUCUGCUGAAAGCGCAAAUGGAGUGAAUAUCGUUGCAAAAGUGAAACAGCCUCCGGACCUUGGAAGAGAUAUAGACAAGCAAGCGGAUGACGAAGCGGACGUAAUAUCCAAGUCCCGGAGUCUUCGCUGGCCAUGCUGAAGGGUAGCACGAUGGCAACCAUGAUUCGUAACUCAAUACUGAAGCUGUUUGGAAUUCCAUUCGAAGAAAGUGAACAGUCAGCAACUCCAGAAGAGCAAGUUUUGACGGAACAGGAACAACAGCAGCAAUCAGCUGCUGAUUCGAUGCUGCAAAUUAAUGGUAACAAUUUGCCGGCCAAGUUUUUCUUAGAGAUAAGCGAUUUUUUAAUGAACAAUCAGGACAAUGAUGCGGUCGAUGAUCAACGGGUGGAAUCUAAUCAUAAAAUGAACGCCGAAAACUAUGCGACCGAAGAAAUAAAAAUCGAGCGCUUGGAGAAUUUCAAUAAUGUGAAGAACGAAACAAUAACUAUUAGCAAGAAACGCUAUACUAAUGGGGCAAAGGACGCCACCAAUCCAACCGUCUUUGAGACGACCAAUAAAGAGAACAAGUUUAGUAACAAUGUGACGCACAAUCACACCAACAAGGAGGAUCGAUUCCAGCAGACGCGUCCCAUCCGGUUGGAUACCGUAAUGAUGCAGGUCAAACCGAGUGUUGGGGGGAAGCCAUCAACGUUACGCGAGAAAGUUAUUUGGAGGAUGGAAGAUGCAAAUUAAAAAACAAUCAAGUGUGAAAUAAUUUAACGGUAAAUUUGUACCUAGACAACUGCCUCUCUGCUAGCCAAGCAAAUAACUACUCUUUCACAAAUAAUCGAUUUUUACCGUUUUCGUCAAUAUCGGAAUAGAUGAUGUUUUUUUGCAUUGCCACUAGUCGUUUAUAAGCGCGAAGAAAAUCUCGAUUUUAUGCUUUGGAUAGACCAUGAUAUGAAAUACAUUCUGUACUAGAAAGCUGCUUAAGUAAAAUUUGCCAAAUUAAAAUGAGUCCCACGAAACGGAAAAGGGAAAUUUUAUAGUCUUUGUAGAAUGUGAAUAUAAAUAUAUGUUUGCUCAAUUUCAUGAACUUCAA